AAGCUGACGUGAUGGUGAAAAUUGGUGAAAAGUGUGAUUAGCACCUGGCUAGGGUGGCUAAGUUAGCCUAGUUUUUCCAUUAGCUGGAAAAUGGAACUAAGUGUGUUGUAAAACUUUCUUUUUUUAAGGUGUAUUCAGUUCAGCUGAAGAGAGAGAAGACUAUUUUGAUUGUGACUGUCAGAAUGUGACUGAUGUAAAAUGUUAGUAUAGUGGAGAUGUGUUAGGAUGUUUUUCCUUGUCAUGGGUGAGUUGAAAUCAAUUUUUGGUGCGCUCCUGUUCUGAUACCGGUGCAUACAGGCAGCCGAUAGCACAUGAAUGACUGUAAUAUCUGUAAAUUGGUUGAAUGUAUGAUUACUGUGAGGUAUCUCUGAUCUUUGAUGUGUGUUAUAUUAAUUUAUAUAGAAACCAUCACUGGUUCUAUGAUGAUCCCUAAUGCUAAAUUAGCAUCAAGCUGAUGUAAUAAGAUUUGGUGAAUGUUGCACUUAAGUGUGUAAUUGUAAUUCUACAUUAUACAUAUCAGAAUUCACUUGUAGUGAAAUUGAAUUGGGAGGGUAUAAAUUGGAAUAAUUAAUAUCAGAUGGAUAAGAUAAUUAUUGGAUGGGAUAUUUGAGAAAAAUGAUGCGAUCAUAAUAAAACUUUGGGUUUUUCUGGCUGAUCUGCAGGUCAGGUUUUUUUAGUAUUGGACAGAUCCGGAUAACACCGGGGACACACCGGCCGCGGAAGUGCCAAGAAGCGAAUCGCUCACGAAAUUCGGCCGCUGCUCGCUGCUCCUCAGUUCAGAUCAGACGCGCCCCAGUCGAGGCGCGCCUCGGCUCAGCUGUAGUUUUUCUUUUAAACAAUUGGUGUCCUCCAUUUCCUCUCUGCCUUUUCUUAGCUCUUUUCCUCUACAUUUGUGUGUGUGUGUGUGAACCUAUGGUAUGAGUUGUUUCUGCCAGUUGAAUCUCUUGGAACCCGCUCCAAUUCUGCAGCUGUAUCCUAGCAGUUUCUUCCGAAAUGGGUACGUAAAUAACCGUGUUUUUCGGGGGUCGUACAGCUCCUUGUGUUUCUCAACUUCCAUAAUUAAUUUAAAGUCAUCCAUCUUAACUGCUUGCCUCAGACUUUCUGCCUCUCUGUCCUCUUUGCUCCGGUGAAAAGACACCCAAAACCACACACCCCUUCACGUGGUCACACAAGUUCGAUUUGUGUGUAUGUGUGUGUGUGUUUGUGUGGUUUUUCUGCAGUGUCUGAUUACGAACACAUUUGACUAUUGCGGAAUUUUAUUUUGAAAUGCUUUAUUUUGUUAACGUUACCGGCCUGCCUCUUAUGUCUAGGUUUGACUUCCUGCCAGAAUUGACUCGAUUCACCCGCGGCUCGCGAAAAAAAUAGAGCUGACGCCGAAAUGAUCGCUGCACGGCGCGGGCUGGAGCGUCGGCGUGAUGCGCCUCGUGGCGCUUCGGCGGCUCAUGUGGUCUAUAGAAUAGCUUAACAAGGGCACUGAAUGAAGGCGGCCCCAUUUUCGCGGCGCUUCCGCGGCCGGUGUGUCCCCGGCGUUAAGAACCUUGAACUUGCUCGGUUGAAGCAUCCCUGCGAAGUCGCAUCAGAUCCUGGAACCUGAAUCCUUAGAAGACUCCUAGCAGACGCUGGGUGGCGAGCCAGUGGAACCUCAGGACAGAAGAGGGUGUGGCACCCUUCCUUUUCCUCUGCCUGUGUGGUAGGACAAUUGAACUUUUGCAUUGGACACAAACCAGUGACAAGGGAAAAGAGAAAAAAAAGGGCCCCAACGAUUGAAGGGUAUUAAAGUGGGUUUAAUACUAUAUUUUUCCUUGUUAAUGUACGUUUUGCCGGCCAAUUGUAAUUUAUUUUUGUUCAUUGUUCGGAUGAUCGGGUUGCACUACUGUGUUCAGAUUGUCAACUGUGUUUUGUUAUAAUUGUUGACUACACAUAAAGAAAAUAACUUACCUUGUGGCAUUCAUUCAUAUUUAAGUUUACCUUGGCUCUCCGUACGAAUUUAUAGCUUCUGAGACUGGUCCAGAAUCGUCUUUUAUUAUUAAAUAUAUGUUACUCGGUUAUCACAUAGUUAGUAAAGGGUUACAUAAACUUUGGCGAGCCAGCCAGGAGAGCCACUGAAUGAACUUCAAUAUUGAAUGUUUUCCCAAAAUGGAUUUUUUGUUAAAGAGUGAUGUAAAAGUCCCCAAUGCAGUUGUCAGUGGGCUUACCCAGGUAGAACAAGAUGAAGAGGUCAUAGAUUACCUUCAGAAAUAUGGAUCUAUCCAUAGAACUAUUCUAGUUGAUGAAAAGAUACCAGAACUUUACCAAAGCCUGAUCGUUGAGUAUUCAAAUGGCGCUGCGUUAGAGGCAUUAAGUGUAACGCUACCUUAUUGUUACAUCUUAAAGGAUGAUCCCUCUGUGGUUUACACCAUUAGAGCUCUGAGCAGUGUAUACCAAACUAAAGUCAGUGGUAUUAUUACCAGAACUUACCUUUCUGAUCUUAAAGCGUUAGCUAAAUUUAGCGGCGCUGAAUAUGAACACGUUCUUAAAGACGCAGUGGUUCAAAUCAGUAGAGACAUUGAAACUCUUGGUUCUACGGCCGAGAUAUUUUCUGAUACCCAGACUGAAACUACCAUUGAAUCUCAGGGGAUAGUGGGUUCGACAGGGCAGAAACCCCCUUCUCCGCCCAUAGGUGCCCUCGACCAAAGGGGUGACCUUACGUCACCUGAUACCAAUCCUGCUGUCCCUUCGUUAUCAGCAAAGGACAUGAACCCACCAGAAGGUCGUAGUGGAACACAUUAUGAGGAGUGAAGCAACCAACCCUCAUUUCCAGUCCCAAGUCAGACUUCGCUCCUUUUCUGGAAAGAAUCCAAGGCCCAACAAUGAACCGGAUUACGACACCUGGAGGUCACACAUUGAACUGCUGUUGAGCUACCCUAACUUGCUUCCUCUGCAGAUUACCAUUAAAAUAGUGGAGAGCUUGCUCCCACCUGCAUCAGAUGUGAUCAAAGGACUGCAGCCAAACUCUCCCCCUCUGGCCUUCCUGCAAUUACUUGACUCUGCUUUCAGUAUCGUGGAAGAUGGGGAAGAGUUAUUUGCCCAAUUUCUGAACACAUUCCAAGACCCAGGGGAGGAGGCUUCUACAUAUCUUCAUCGGCUACAAUCAGCGUCAAACCUGGCAGUACAGAGAGGUGGAGUUAUGCCAAAAGAAGUCGACAGACACCUCCUGAAGCAGUUGUGUAGAGGUUGCUGGGAUAGCACCCUGCAGACCCCCAGCAUUUGGUGAGCUUUUGUUAAUGCUUCGUACAGAGGAAGAUCGGCAACGGACAAAAGCCAACCACAUGAAGAGACAUAUGAGGACUACGCGUCAGCGAAUCCAAAUUCAGGCUCACUGCGUGAAUGCAGACCUAAACGAACGUCCAGAUAAUUGCCCCAGUGCAAUCGUGAGUCUUGCCAAGCAAGUUGCCACAUUACAGAGUCAACUAGCGUCCUUUAUGGAGCAGAAAAAAGGAACGGAUAAAAAGGCAAAAACACAAAGAGCUCAUAGCCAAGGAAAACCAAGUGGAAAUAUAAAACCACCGACAGACCCAAAGCAGACGGGUAAACCCAGACCCUGGUACUGUUUUAAAUGUGGGGAGGAUGGCCACAUUUCAUCAUCAUGCACAGACGCCCCCAAUCCUAUUUUAGUGGCUGAGAAGCAUAAACAGCUAGAGAAGAAGCAAAAUGAGUGGCAGAUGAAGACCAACCCCAAGUCGCAUUUUAACGGCUGACAGCUUCUGUUGUGGGACGGACAGGAGCUGUGACUAGCCAAAGUUCCUCAGUGAAAAGUGUUGCUGUUAACUGUCAAGCCUGCACAAGCAAAGACCAAACAAGAAUGGAUAACAAACCUCAGUGUAGGCUUCCUAAAGGACUAGUCGGAACAAAAAGCAUAGCGUUGAUAAAUAUAAAAGACAAGGAAAUCAGCUGCUUGCUCGACACAGGGUCGAAAGUAACGACAAUUCCGCGGUCGUUUUAUGACCAGCACCUCUCAGACCAGAAGAUAAAACCACUUCAUGACAUCCUGGAAGUAGAGGGAGCCGCAGGACAAUCAGUCCCCUACUUAGGCUAUGUUGAAUUGGUUGUCAGGUUUCCAAAAGAGUUUAUAGGAAUUCCAACUGAUGUAACCACACUUGCCUUAGUUGUCUCCAAUCUAAGCACUGUCAUUGAACCUCUCGUGUUGAUAGGGACCAACACUCUCGACGUCCUCUUCGAUGUCUGCUCCAAAACUGGGAUUUCACAUCAACCCAUUCCCAGUGGCUACCAAGCAGUGCUUAAGGUGCUUGAAGUGAGACACAGACGAGAGACGGGUCCUGAACCUCACGCCAUAGUGAGGUUGGAGAACAACUCACAAGUGAUCCUGGUUAGGCAGGUUGUCAUACUUGAGGGGUUCGCAACCGCCAGUUGGUUCCUAAACGAGAAAUCUGCCCGGCUGGAACAUCCAGACUCAUCCUCCUUGCCUGGAGGAUUGGUUGUCAAACCCACCUUAGUUCAACUUACGCCCAGGCGGCCUUACAAGGUACCAGUCCGCAUCUACAAUGAGUCUGACCAUGAUGUUGUUAUCCCUCCAAAGUGCAUCAUAGCACAGAUGAACACCUACCAGACCAUCUGUUCGAAGCAGCUCAGUGCAGCAGGAUCAGCCGAACCAUCCCAAGAACCGCUAGAAACAAAGACGCUUCCAAAGUCCACCUUAAAUUUUAAUUUUGAUGGGUCCCCGAUUUCAUCUGAAUGGAAAGACCACAUGACAAAGCAAUUGGACAGUAUGGCCGCACAGACAGUAAAGCACCAUAUAGGGCUGUCGCGGUAACCGCAAAAAUGAAAUUUUGCGAUAUGAAGAAGCCCACCGCGCUGCAUCAUGGGCCACCGCGAUUACUGAACUUUGUUCAACUCAAUGAUGCAUGUUGAGAAGGAUGGCUGCACUGGUAUCAAAACGAAACGUUACUUCGCUCCUUUGGGAGCGCUUUGGUUUUCUGGUUUUCAGUACGUCAGCUGCUGCGCAGCCAGAGUCCUUGGCCGAGACGGAGCUGCCACCAGCGGCAAAAAAUAAAUAAAUAAUAAACGCUCGGAGACCUCCUGAAGUCCCGGACAAGCACUGCUUCUGCAACCGUCCCGAAGAGAGUUUGAGCCGAGCUGGAGCUCACUCGCUACCUGCAGGAGGAAUGCAUCCACCCUAAAGAACCCCCCUGACAUGGUGGAGCGGAGAGAUUCCCUUUGCUCGCCAGAGUCGCACGCAAGUUGAGUUCGGAAGCGAGCGGGGCCGGACCGGAGCGGAGGGGAGCGGAGGUAGUGGAAUUUGGGGUAAGUGCAACGAGCGCACCAUCCGAGAGGGUUUUCAGUGUUGCUGGAAAUGUUGCCACCCCUCUCAGAUCCUCUCUCAACCGUAUAUGGUUAACAUGCUGGUUUUCCUUGUAUGUAACAAGGACGUGACCGAGCUAUAAAUCACCGUCAUUCGUGUGUGUGAAAGUGAAAUGAUAGUGCGCCCGCCCCCCGGCACGCGCGCGCCCGGUACAUGUAAUUUUUUAUGCUUGAUUUUAAACAACUAAACAAAAUGGGGACUUGUUUCUUAUUUGUUAGAUGCUGCAGCCAAAUUUGCAUUUAAAAGUUUAACCUUCUCCUGAAUUUUGUUGUUUUUAAGUUCAGUCAGACUCCCAACUGUCGGACAAACAAACGUUACUGUGAUCUGUGUUGUUACUGCCCUUUGAUCUGCAUUCAGUAAAGCGUUAUAAAGGAAGGCACGGCAAUUUUUAACCUUUUUUAAAUGUGUAAACAUUAUGUUUAGAUAGUACUGCAAUAAAAAAAAGGACUGCAAUAAUAUCGCAUACCGCAAUAUUAAGCCACCCUGAAUCACCGCAGGGGGAAUUCCUCAACCGCGACAGCCCUAUCACCAUAUAAAGCUUUCUGAUGAAACCCCUUUCAAACAGUGUGCGCGCCCUAUCCACCCACAGAACAUUGAAGCAGUUUGCAAACCUUAUCCAGGAGCUCCUCGACAUGGGAGUUAUCAGGGAGCCAGAGUCUCCAUUCUCUUCACCUAUUGUGGUGGUGAGAAAGAAAAACGGCCAAGUCAGAUUAUGCAUUGACUACCGGCGGUUAAACCUUCAAACUAUCAAGAAUGUAUACUCUCUUCCUAAGCUUGAGGACACGUUUAGUGCACUAAAUGGCUCCCAGUGGUUUUCUGUGCUCGACUUGAAAUCUGGUUACUACCAGAUAGAAGUUGAAGAGGCAGAUAAGCCAAAAACCGCCUUUAUGUGCCCCCUCGGGUUCUGGGAGUUUAAUAGGAUGUCUCAAGGGGGUGACAAAUGCCCCGAGCACGUUUCAGAGGUUAAUGGAGAAGUGCAUGGGGGACAUGCAUCUGGAAGAAGUGCUCGUAUUCCUUGACGACUUAAUAAUGUUCUCCAAGACUCUUGAAAAACAUGAGGAGAGGCUAAUGAAGGUGCUCUCCAGAUUAAAAGAAUUCGGACUAAAAUUGUCCCCUGAGAAAUGUGUCUUUUUCCACACAUUAGUCCGCUACCUUGGACGUGGUCUCCAGAGAUGGUGUCCGGAUGGACCCGGAAAAGACAGCUGCUCUCGAGACCUGGCCUGUUCCAAAAAGUCUCAGAGAACUUAGAUCCUUCCUCGGUUUUGCAGGAUAUUAUAGGAGAUUUGUCAAGGGAUAUUCCUGCAUUGUGAAGCCUCUCCAUGAUCUGACUUCCGGAUACCCACCUUCUCGAAAAGGACUCAAGACACCAUGUAAAUUGGACAAGUACCUAGACCCAAAGGAGCCCUUCGGGGAACGAUGGACUUCCACUUGCCAACAAGCCUUUGAGGAGGUGAUUUACAAACUGACCACCGCCCCCGUGCUGGAAUUUGCCGACCCUCAGAGGCCAUAUGUGCUUCACACAGAUGCCAGCACUACUGGACUAGGUUCAGUCCUCUAUCAAGAACAGGAGGGUCAGAUGAGAGUGAUCGGCUAUGCGAGCAGAGGGCUGUCACGGAGUCAGAGUCGCUAUCCAGCGCAUAAAUUGGAGUUUUUGAAUGAAUGAAGGAGGAAGGAUAAAUGUUACCGAAAUCCCUAUCAGGCGAUCGGACAGAGAACGUCAACCACCAAAGAGGCUUGAUUAUCCAGAACUUGGAAACCCCCUGGUCACAGUAGUGAAAUAAUUUUUUCAUGGGCUGACCACUGUAUUGUCUGAUGCUUUACAUGAUAAUCGAGUAGCCACAACAGCUUCUCCACCAUGCCAACCUCAAAUUCAUUGUGUCUGAUUAUUUCCAUGUACAGGGACGUACAUGAGUUCAGCAGGGGAGACUGUAACCAAGGUUUAGGAGAAAUCUAUUUUUAUAUAAAAUACCAUUCCAUUAGAAUGUGCUUAAAUAAUUAUAUCUGACAUAAAUUAAUUGAGGAAAAACCAUCAAGUAAGUAAUUUAUUGAUAAACUGUCAAAUAAGACUUCAUUGAUUAAAGACUGCUAUUUAAUGGAAUUUCUGUCGAAAUAUGGUGUUACUACGGUUCCCAUGAUCCCUCGGGAGAACCCGACCAAUUGGAAGGCUAAAACAGACCAAGGUCAUGACACUUCUGAUUCCUUACUUCCUGUGAGUGAAACAGCCUCGUGUCAUCGCUCGGAACUGAAAACUAAAAUCUUCCGCCAUCCGCAUGGUAAGCAGAUACAAAAUGACUUUUUGACCAAAGCUGAUGUUAAUAUAAGGUACUUGCUAUCGUUUGGUGGUUAUAUCGUCGUGUUUAUGGUUGUAGAGCUCCGGUAUUGGCACUCGGUUGGCGCCGAUGCUGGAUCAAUCUGAGAGACCCCAUCUUGACUUGACGGUCAGGUUUUUUUUAGUAUUGGACAGAUCCGGAUAAAGAACCUUGAACUUGCUCGGUUGAAGCAUCCCUGCGAAGUAGCAUCAGAUCCUGGAACCUGAAUCCUUAGAAGACUCCUAGCGGACGCUGGGUGGCGAGCCAGUGGAACCUCAGGACAGAAGAGGGUGUGGCACCCUUCCUUUUCCUCUGCCUGUGUGGUAAGACAAUUGAACUUUUGCAUUGGACACAAACCAGUGACAAGGGAAAAGAGAAAAAAAGGGCCCCAACGAUUGAAGGGUAUUAAAGUGGGUUUAAUACUAUAUUUUUCCUUGUUAAUGUACGUUUUGCCGGCCAAUUGUAAUUUAUUUUUGUUCAUUGUUCGGAUGAUCGGGUUGCACUACUGUGUUCAGAUUGUCAACUGUGUUUUGUUAUAAUUGUUGACUACACAUAAAGAAAAUAACUUACCUUGUGGCAUUCAUUCAUAUUUAAGUUCACCUUGGCUCUCCGUACGAAUUUAUAGCUUCUGAGACUGGUCCAGAAUCGUCUUUUAUUAUUAAAUAUAUGUUACUCGGUUAUCACAUAGUUAGUAAAGGGUUAAAAAAGCAUUUCAAUUUAAAUCUGCCAUCCCUAUUGGGUAAGAGGCACACUAUGGCGUUAGCUGGUACAUUAUGAUGUCACAAUGUUGUUGUGAGCCUGUGUGUGUGUAAUUGUUAGCGGCUCAGCCGAUUAAUAUCAUAGUUUCUGUUUGAAACAUGUCAGGAUAAAAGGUUUGUGAAUGUUUAUUCAGGUGCUCAAAUGUGAUUUUCCACACAGAAGCUUGCAUUACCAUUGUAUCUGAUAGCAUUAUUAGAUAAUUAAGUAAAAUUAAGUAGUUUAUCGACGGCACGUAAUAAAAACUCAAAAGACACACGUAAUGUUUAUCAGAGUUCCUGUUUGACCAAGCCCCCACAAUGUGGCUCUAAAGUUGGUCUCAUCCCGGAAGUACCAAAAAUUGCAGUUCCACCCUCAUCCACUAGGGGCUGGUGUCAGAAGCGAGCAAAUCCUCAUUGACUCCCAUGUUAAAAAUACCAAUUUCACAGCAGAAAUAAACAUGUUUACAGCCUGGUACCAGAACAUGUUUUUUGUUUAAAUGAUCUAGUUUACACUCAUGACAACUCUGAGGGGGGUGAAUGUUUUUCUCACUCUUCUGUUUAAGUGUAUUAAAAGCCUAAAAUUCUGUAUAAUUAAUGAGCAUCAGACCCACGUGACCACAGUCAGUCAAAGUCAUUUAUUGUCAUAUUCUCCACAUGUGCAGGACAUACAGAGAAAUGAAAUUCAGUUUCAGCACACACAAUUCAAAGAUCAGACAUACGUGGGUAAGACACAUAACAAGAAUUGGUGACUGCGGUCAUUCGCAACAUGAGUCGCGCUACCUUAAUAGUUAGAUGAAAAGGGUGUUACAUGAGGAAAAUUCAGGGAGGGAGAAAAAAAAGGCAUUACAGGGUUACACCAGCAGGGUGUAGCACUCCAAUGCAAAAAAACACCCGACAUGGAAGCACAGACAGCACGUAUACAACAUCAGAG